GGAACCGGAAGUGCCGAAGCCGCCGCUACCGCCGCCGCCUUCAAGUACCUUGUUGGCUGUCUGCGUUUGGCCAAGUGCGCCGCCGCCGCCUAGGAAGCUGCAGGGACCCGGACGGGAGCGGAGGCGGCGCGGCAUGAAGCGGCGCAGACCUGCUCCGUAGCGCAUCGGGACGGUCCGGGAGGGCCGGGGGGGAAGGAUCGGAUGGUGAGAAAAGGAAAGGUUCCUGUGAGAAGAGAACAGGAUGAGCGGAGAGAUCCAUGCUUAAAAUUGGAUCAGUUGAAAAUGAUCUCUUUGAAAGUGGAAGAGAUCUGAGCUGAUGAAAAUACAAUCAGGAAAAUGCACCAUGGCAGCAGCAAUGGAAACGGAACAGCUGGGCGUUGAGAUAUUUGAGACUGCAGAGUGUGAGGACACCAUUGAGUCACAGGAUCGGCCCAAAUUGGAGCCGUUUUAUGUUGAGCGAUAUUCUUGGAGUCAGCUUAAAAAGCUGCUUGCUGAUACCAGGAAAUACCAUGGCUACAUGAUGGCCAAGGCACCGCAUGAUUUCAUGUUUGUGAAGAGGAGUGACCCAGAUGGGCCUCAUUCUGACAGGAUCUAUUACCUUGCCAUGUCUGGUGAGAACAGAGAAAAUACACUAUUUUAUUCUGAAAUCCCAAAAACCAUCAACAGAGGAGCAGUCUUAAUGCUCUCUUGGAAGCCUCUUUUGGAUCUUUUUCAGGCAACCCUGGACUAUGGCAUGUAUUCUCGGGAAGAAGAGCUUUUAAGAGAAAGAAAACGCAUUGGAACAGUUGGAAUUGCUUCUUAUGACUACCACCAAGGCAGUGGGACAUUUCUGUUUCAAGCUGGUAGUGGAAUUUACCAUGUAAAAGAUGGAGGGCCACAUGGAUUUACUCAACAACCUUUACGGCCCAAUUUAGUGGAAACUAGUUGUCCAAACAUACGGAUGGACCCAAAAUUAUGCCCUGCUGAUCCAGACUGGAUUGCUUUUAUACAUAGCAGUGAUAUCUGGAUAUCCAACAUCGUAACUAGAGAAGAAAGGAGGCUCACCUAUGUACACAAUGAGCUAGCCAACAUGGAAGAGGAUCCCAGAUCAGCUGGAGUGGCUACCUUUGUUCUUCAAGAAGAAUUUGAUAGAUAUUCUGGCUAUUGGUGGUGUCCAGAAGCUGAAAUAACUCCUAGUGGUGGUAAAAUUCUUAGAAUUCUCUAUGAAGAAAACGAUGAAUCUGAGGUAGAAAUUAUUCACGUUACAUCCCCAAUGCUGGAAACAAGGAGGGCAGAUUCAUUUCGUUACCCUAAAACAGGCACAGCAAAUCCAAAAGUGACUUUUAAGCUGUCAGAAAUUGUGAUUGAUGCUGAAGGAAGGAUUAUUGAUGUCAUAGAUAAAGAGCUAAUUCAGCCUUUUGAGAUUCUGUUUGAAGGUGUUGAAUACAUUGCCAGAGCCGGAUGGACUCCAGAGGGAAAAUAUGCCUGGUCCAUCCUCCUAGAUCGUUCCCAAACUCACCUACAGAUAGUGUUGAUUUCCCCUGAAUUAUUUAUCCCAGUGGAAGAUGAUGCUAUGGAGAGACAGAGACUCAUCGAGUCUGUGCCUGACUCUGUGACACCACUGAUUAUCUACGAAGAAACCACAGACAUCUGGAUAAAUAUUCACGACAUCUUUCAUGUCUUUCCUCAAACUCAUGAAGAUGAAAUUGAGUUUAUUUUUGCCUCUGAAUGCAAAACAGGUUUCCGUCAUUUGUAUAAGAUCACAACCAUUUUGAAGGAGAGCAAAUACAAGAGAUCCAGUGGUGGGCUGCCAGCCCCAAGUGAUUUCAUGUGUCCUGUCAAAGAGGAGAUAGCACUUACCAGUGGUGAAUGGGAAGUUCUUGGCCGUCAUGGAUCCAAUAUCCAGGUUGAUGAAGUUAGAAAGCUGGUAUAUUUUGAAGGCACCAAAGACUCCCCUUUAGAGCAUCACCUGUAUGUGGUCAGUUACACAAGUCCUGGAGAGGUGACAAGGCUGACUGACCGUGGCUACUCCCACUCUUGCUGCAUCAGCAGGCAUUGUGACUUCUUUAUAAGUAAGUAUAGUAACCAGAAGAAUCCACAUUGUGUGUCCCUUUUCAAACUGUCAAGUCCUGAAGAUGACUCAGCCUGCAAAACAAAGGAAUUUUGGGCUACUAUUUUGGAUUCAGCAGGUCCUCUUCCGGACUACACCCCUCCAGAAAUAUUCUCCUUUGAAAGUACUACUGGAUUUACAUUGUAUGGAAUGCUCUACAAGCCUCAUGAUCUGCAGCCUGGAAAGAAAUACCCCACUGUGCUGUUCAUAUAUGGUGGUCCUCAGGUGCAGUUGGUGAAUAAUCGGUUCAAAGGAGUCAAGUAUUUCCGCUUAAAUACCCUAGCUUCUCUCGGUUAUGUUGUUGUGGUUAUAGACAACAGGGGAUCAUGCCAUCGAGGACUUAAAUUUGAAGGCGCCUUUAAAUAUAAAAUGGGCCAGAUAGAAAUUGAUGAUCAAGUGGAAGGACUGCAGUAUCUGGCAUCCCAAUAUGAUUUCAUUGACUUAGAUCGUGUGGGCAUCCACGGCUGGUCCUAUGGAGGGUACCUCUCCCUGAUGGCAUUGAUGCAGAGGUCAGAUAUCUUUAGGGUUGCUAUUGCUGGGGCCCCAGUUACCCUGUGGAUCUUCUAUGACACGGGAUACACGGAACGUUACAUGGGUCACCCUGACCAGAAUGAGCAGGGUUAUUACUUAGGAUCUGUGGCAAUGCAAGCAGAAAAGUUCCCCUCUGAACCAAAUCGCUUACUGCUCUUACAUGGAUUCUUAGAUGAGAAUGUUCAUUUCGCACAUACCAGUAUAUUGCUGAGUUUUUUAGUGAGGGCUGGAAAGCCUUAUGAUCUACAGAUCUAUCCUCAGGAGAGGCACAGCAUACGAGUUCCUGAAUCCGGAGAACAUUAUGAACUGCAUCUUUUGCACUACCUUCAAGAAAAUCUUGGAUCACGUAUUGCUGCUCUGAAAGUGAUAUAGUUUUCACUUGUAUAGGACUCUGGUGUACACUGGCUAUUUAACCAAAUGAAGAGGUUUAGUCAAUAGAGAACACAGAAUUGAUUGUCACCUCUUGGUACCUGCCACAUAACAUGUACUUCUGAAAGUAAAUGUGGUGCCAUGCAGGAAUCUACAGCUUGUGGACAGUAAUCUAAUACCUAACCACACACGCGCGUGCACAUACACACACACACACACACACACACACACACACACACACAACUGAAUGACAUAUGAUUCUGACAGAUCCAGCAGUACCACGAGAAUUACUGAAAAAAUAACACAUUAGCUCCACAUAUUCAUAGUCCCCUAUUUUCACUUUUAAUAGGAUUAUAAGACUUAUGGACUUAAUUAGUGGGUUUUUACAGUAUACUCCUGAAUUUGUUAAAAUAUAUUAGUAAUUGGUUUGGUUCAAUCUGGAAUCUCUGACUAGUUACAGAUUUGAUAGCAGUUAAAUGUAAUUGAAUAGCCUAUGCUUUCUUUCUUGGGGUAUAUCCAGCAUGUUAUAAAUUAAUCACUAUUAAACCUAUGACUUAACCAGUCACUCACGAUUUUUUAAGGAUAACUUAGUCCUCCCAAAGGUUCUGAUUUGGGAUUUGACCAGUUUUGGGCCAAUUUAAACAGUAUCUAGUAUCAGUAAUUCUUUUUUUUUUUAAGAUAUGACAGUGGAUCACAUACAGGCAAGUAACCAUAUAUGUAGCAUGGAUUUAAUUAUAGGUCUUAUGAUGUUGAUAACUACAGGCAGAAAAAUUUUAAUCAAAUAAUUAGUUAAAAAAUUUGCAGGCAAGUCUCUUUUUUUCUCAUUUAGGAAAAGAAAAAAUAUAUACAUUCAUUUGUAUUUGAAAAUUUGGUGGUGCCAGUUUUCAUUUGGUAUUUUCUUAUUAAAAUGCUCCAGAGUUUUCAGGAGGUGGAGGGAUUAUAGUGGGAUGGGGAGAACAGGGUGUGAAGUGGCAGAGAGUAGAGAUGACAAGGGUCUGCUUAAGAGCUAAACUGGAGACAGGCAUGAUGGUGCACACCAUCCCAGCACUCGGGAGGCAGAAGUAGGAGGAUCACCAUGAAUCUGAGGCCAGCCUGAGACUACAUGGUGAAUUCCAGGUCAGCCUGGGCUAGAGUGAGACCCUACCUCAAAACCAAAAACAGAAGACAUGAAAUGUAACCUCCUGUAAGGCUUAGGAAAUGAGAAUUAAGAAAUUGGGCUCUUGCCAACAUGGCCCCAGGCUAACAUUCAGAGCAGGGAAAGUUCCUUAGAGAACUUUCAUAGUCCCAGUUUUUUGUUAUUUUUGUCAUAAUUUUAGAAACCUAAAAUUUAAACUUUAACCUACUUAAGUUAUUAGAGCAUAAUUUAGAUAGUGUUAGCUUAAAAUAAAAAGGUUUCCAAUGACCUUACCGUAAGCUAGUCCCUGGCAAAUUAUGACUCUCUGUCUGUCCAUGUUGAAAGCCUGUAAACUGUCCUGUUGACCGGCCAUGAUGUUUACCUGCUUUUGUGCUGCAUUUGACUGUGAAGGCAGCGCAUAAGCUUUGCAGUGCCCUUCACACCUGCCCUGUCGGGUCUUCAGGUAUUAGAUGUGUCACGUUGGAGCCAGUGACAGGGAAGGCAUCUGUGAGUUUGACUCUAGUUAUUACUUCAGUGUUACCCAUAAUUUAUAAUCGCACUCCAAGAAAGCUUGCUUGGUUUCUUUUUUCCCACUAAAGAAUAAAUUCCUUCCAGAGAGAGCAGUCUGCAUUAGUGAGGAUGAUGACCGUGUGUCAGAGGUGGGCAGUGGGUUCAAGAGGCUCAGAAAUAGCAGGUGACCUGGUGGUUCUGUCCUUGGGAAGCGGUCGGCAAGGCGGGGAUUAAGUUUUGCUCAUUGUAUAUUUAUACUGUAUAAUUCCACACUUUCCUGCCUGACUGUAUAUUGAUGACUUUCAUGUUUAUGACAUUUUCUCCUGCCAAGAUUUGUUUAUAUUAUUUCAAAGUUAAAUUAAAUUGAUUUGGGUAACUUUUCUUCCCUAAGGAAGUAUAUUCCCUCAUGACUUAAGUAUAUGUCUGACUGUUGAGAGUGCACUAGUUGGCCCCAAGGGAUCCAGCCUUACCUGCCAAGUUUAAAUGGCAUGAAGUAGCUUUUAGACAGCCAUUUGUUUCUUAUAAGACAUUUCUUGUUUUACACUAAAGACCUCGUGUAAAUUCUUAAAAUUCAGCUUGCCUUCUUUCUUCCUGUCGUAAGGAAUGCUUUUAUAACUCCCAGUCAUAUAUAUGCCGUUCUGCUUCUCUAAAGGGGGGAAAUACCUGGCUGAAUUCACUUGCAAAGAGAUGGCCUGGUUGCAUUUGCUUUUUACUCCAGGUAUUUGAUACAACCAGCAGAAACCACGCUGAAAUUAUUUGUCCCUUCACUGUGGGUGCACACAAGUGGAGGUGUUAGUGUGCGCCAGACAGCAGCAGGUCAGGUGUAUCGCAACACUAGGUUUUUAUAGGUUGGGUAAGCAAGUGCCCUUGAGCAAGCAUCUUCAGGCGGUAACUGAGCUUUCUGAGCCAGGAUAGCUAAGUUUCAUCCAGGAUGCUUAGUGGAAGAAAUGAAAUCUUGACCCUGGCUUGUGGAAAUUGGAGUUCCAUUGAUUUAGGUGGAAACCAAGAAUGUUCAUUUCUAACAAGCUUUCUGGAUGUUUCUAAUCAAGUCCCCAUGUGGACUGUUUUAAGAAACUUCUGUUGUUGAGAGUGAAAUUAGAGUAAGAAAAUGACAGGUGAUGUUUACACUGAACUGAUUAUUAACCCAAAACAGUUGUCCAAGAAAGUUGCUCAUCUGGGAUAAUAACUCUUGGCCCCUCUUGGGAAGGCCACAGGUGGUAGUGACUUUAGUAGGCCUUUGGUCUGGCAUAUCAUUUCAGAAUGAAGGUUUCUCCCUGUCCCAUUCCUGGCUCUUUCCCAAUGCCUCACACCAGAGCAUACAGUGUGAUUGCCUUUUAUACAGUGGAAACUAGAUAUGAUGCUGGCUGUCUUUCCCUGCUUGCAUUCCUUGCAGAAGGUGUUUCCGGCCUUCUUACAGCAGUGUGAUUCCUGUAAGCCCUCCUUGCUACAGAAUCAUGAGCUUUCCAGCUGGAGUACAUCUUUGAUAUACCCUAGUGCUCUUUUGUUAGAGCAAAAACCUACAUACUAGAGAGAGGAAGAAAUGUGCCAGUGAUCACACAGCCAGUUAGCUUUGGGUGGGUACUAGGCCCAGAUGGCCUGCCUUGGGGUAAUUGAAUGAGUAGGAAGGGCAGAUUUUUUAAAAAAGUAUUUAUUAAUAUAUUCCUAUGAAGCAUUUUAAAGGUAACCACAUGAAAAUGGUUAGUUUUUCUAUUCUAAAGUAAAUGCUAAGCAUGCUUAUCACUGAACCAGUACUUCUGAUUUGUAUAUGACACUCUAACAUUAAUUAAACUCUUUACACUAAAUGUGUCUUCCCUGGUGUUACGGGAGAGUGGGACAGAGUGGGUGCUUAAGCCCAGGAGCCCAUCUUAAAGCUGUUUGACUUAAGACACAUGGCAUUAUAUUAACCGAGAUAGAUAUGUACUAUGAGUGUGCUUUCCCAGUGGACAGAAAGGAAUAGGAAACAUCACUGACUCCCACCUUCCCAGCCCCACCCCGUCUCACCUGUCCUUCAGCCCAGAAUAUAGAGAUGCAUUAGUACGAGGUGCUGGGCUUUAGGUAAAUGAACUGUCCUUCACAGAGACAGAAAAACUGUAUGUUUGUUUUCAAGUAACCCAAGUACAAGUUUAUAUUGUUUUCAGCAAAAUUGGAAUUCAGGUCUUUGAUUUUUGAGCAAAAAGUGCCUGCUGUUUUAAGCACUGACUUGUAUAAACAGUUUGCAUGUCACUCCAUCCAGUGCACUUAGGGCUUCCUCAUUUCCAGCUACAUGGCUUUUAAUCAUGUAAAGUGAAACAUUCAUUCUGUUGCAUUUUACUACAGGUUCAUGGUUGCAAUAAAGAUGCUGCUGAAAUUGA